AUGAAUUUGAACUCCGUCACGACCGGUGGUCAGCGGGAUUAUGCUUUGGCAGCCACCCGUGUGCCGCCACCUGCCAUCAGGAAAAGCAGCACAUAUUCUGCACCGUCCGCGAAUUGCGACUGGAAGGAAGAACGUAAACUGCACGAGCGGAACUUUCAGCUUAGCCUACAACGUGAGGUUCUGCGAUUCCUUAGCUAUUCUGAAUAUCCGUAUGUCAAUGAAAAAUUGGUCAAGAAUCCAACCAAGGAAGAAUUCGCACUCAUGUUUGAGUUCAUUUUCCAGCAGCUCGCGCCAAAUUACACAGUGCGCAAAUUUGAAGACGAUAUGCCAUUUUAUUUUCGUCUGUUGGGAUAUUCGGCAAACUUGAAGCCAUCAAUCAUGCGUACAGUUGGAAUGCAACAGACGAUGCCGCAUUUGCUGCUAGCUAUUGUUUGGCUUAUUGAUCUCGUAAGAGUGCGUUACUUCUCCAUAUUCUGA